ACGCCCCACAUCGCUAUAAAGUGUCAGCUGCGUCUCCAUUUGUAGACAUAUGACUCUGGGUACCAACUAAACAGAAAUUUGAAGAGGAAGAACCAUUUCCAAAAGCCAUAGAUGAGUCAAAACCAGAAGAAGGUUCCCCAAGAGAAAAUAUGAAUACAACCCAAGCACUGCCUGCUCCAGAACAGUUGACUGUUGACAGGGUAAGCAACACAUCAGCUGUUCUUAGCUGGAGCCAGCCACAAGGAUUUAUCCAGGAACAUGGAAUGCAAAGUCAACUGGCGUCAACAACCUUCACCACAAUACUUCCUGCUCCAGACCAGCUGAUUGUUGACUCAGUGGACACCACAUCAGCUGCUGUUAGCUGGAACCAGCCACCAGGAUUGGACCAAACCCAACAUCAUUACCAGAUCUCCUACCACUGUCCAGGGACAGAACCACACAUCACUACCACAUCUUCACACAGCAUCAAUCUCUCUGACCUGCAAUGUGGUACUCAGUACUCUGUCACUGUCUGCACUGUGCUGGAAAAUGGAAAGCAAAGUCAACUGGUGUCAACAACCCUCACCACAAUACUUCCUGCUCCAGACCAGCUGAUUGUUGACUCAGUGGACACCACAUCAGCUGCUGUUAGCUGGAACCAGCCACCAGGAUUGGACCAAACCCAACAUCAUUACCAGAUCUCCUACCACUGUCCAGGGACAGAACCACACAUCACUACCACAUCUUCACACAGCAUCAAUCUCUCUGACCUGCAAUGUGGUACUCAGUACUCUGUCACUGUCUGCACUGUGCUGGAAAAUGGAAAGCAAAGUCAACUGUCAUCAACAACCCUCACAACAAUACUUCCUGCUCCAGACCAGCAGAAUGUUGACUCAGUUGACACCACAUCAGCUGCUGUUAGCUGGAACCAGCCACCAGGAUUGGACCAAACCCAACAUCAUUACCAGAUCUCCUACCACUCUCCAGGCACAGAACCACACAUCAUUACCACAUCUUCACUCAGCAUCACUCUUUCUAACCUGCAAGGUGGUACUCAGUAUUUUGUCAAUGUCUGCACUCUGAUGGGAAAUAGAAAGCAAAGUCAACUGGCGUCAACAACCCUCACCAAAAUACCUCCUGAUCCAGACCAGCUGACUGUUGACUCAGUGGACACCACAUCAGCUGCUGUUAGCUGGAACCAGCCACCAGGAUUGGACCAAACCCAACAUCAUUACCAGAUCUCCUACCACUGUCCAGGGACAGAACCACACAUCACUACCACAUCUUCACCCAGCAUCACUCUCUCUGACCUGAAACCUGCUACUGAAUACUCAGUCACUGUCUGCACUGUGCUGGAAAAUGGAAAGCAAAGUAAACUGUCAACAACAACCCUCACCACAAGUCUUCGUCUUCCUCGUCUGACGAAGAGGAGUAGUAGGAAGGAUCGGAGGACCAAAAUGCAGAGUGGUGCAGCAGAGGAGGUAUUGGGGAAACCCGUUGGCAAGAAGGAGGAGGAAGAGAGGCCCCAUCCAGAGAUUCCAGCUGCAUCCCUUUACAAACCAGAAAUGGUCUUGGAAGAGAAGAUGCACCAGAAAAAACAGGAAGAACUGAAGAAUAUUGAAGAGGUAGAGCCACUGCCAAAAACCACAGAUGAGUUGAAGCCAAAGAAGGAGGGGUCCCCAGAAGAAACAACCCAAGGAUCCUGUCUCAUGGAGCUGUUGUCAAAGACUGGACUAGAAGAUCAUUAUGAAAACAAGCUGACGUUAAGUACUGUCCUUGAGAUAAAUGCUAAUACUACAUCAGAUGAACCCCUUACCACUAUGCAGUCACUUCCAGGGGCCUUCCUGAAGAAGUUAAUGAUGACAAAUGUGAAUGCAAGGAGUGUUAAAUGUCUGACCACUGACCAGGAGUUUUCCUAUUAUGGAGUAGACAACCUGGACACUGACUCUGAUAACAGCAACGUCAUUAAUCCACUGGACCUGAUAACUGCCCUGUUUCUGUGUUCAGAUGGUUUCCUGCAGCAGGAGAUGGUCCAGAAAAUGUCCAUGUGUCAGUUUGCUGUUCCUCUGCUGCUGCCCAACUGUGACACAAAACAAAGCACUUUGAUGCUGUGGGCCUUGAGGGACAUAGUGAGGAAAUUUAGACCCUCUUCCCAAAUGGCCACAAAUGCUUUUGUGGAGGAGAGAAUAGUUCUCUCUGAUAUUCCCAUGGUGUCCUUUGUUAGGUUAGGACAAAGCAGCUUGUCCAAGUCUCAGAUUUUGAACAAGUUGCUUAGUAACCCUCAACAGUACCAUGAUACAUUUGUUCAUCAUGAUAUGGAAUGUGGCGAUGUCUCUCGGCAAAUCUCAGAUGGUCUGGUUGAAAUCAGCUGGUACUUUCCAUGUGGGAACAGAAACAUAGACAUGUUCACUAAGCCUGUGGCGGUGGCCAAUCUCAGAGGAGACAUCAGGUCCUUUAAAACACAGUUCUCCUUUCUGUGUCAAACAUCAGCUGCAGUUUACAUUUUCAUUGAUGAUUUUGAGGCAGAUUUCAAGGUUUUGGAAGCAGAAAUCACAAAAGCAGAGAUAUUUCUGGUUGUCAACUCUCAGAGAAAAACAUUCAGGGUGGACACAUUGAAGAAAAUGAUCACGAAUUACAGUAUCAACCCAACAAAUGUGAUUGUGAAGAAGAAGCAGAAUGAUGCAGAAUUUGUCAAAACCCUGCAGUCAUCUGUGGGUGACAUCAUCGAAAAAAGUAAAAACAGAUUGACAAUUGAAAACAUGGCUGACGUGGCUCAUCAGCUGGGGAUUCUGGUUGAUGAAGACGGUGAGUGUCAGAGUGCCAGGAAGAAGGCAAAAGAAAUCACCAGUAACUUCAAAGACACAAUGAAUUUCAAACAUGAACAGCUACCCUUACAAGGAACAAUCUGGAAAGAGCUUUCCCAGUUGGAGAAAGAGAUGUGUAGACUGAGAAAAGCAGGAGAUAAAGACAUUGAACACUACAAGAGCUCUCUGAAGAAGAAGGAGAAAGAGCUGAGAGAGAAGCAAUAUACAUUUGACAUGUCAGAUUCAAUGGCAAGCUUCAUUUUAGGAUUGUCAAGUUCAGGAGCUGAGCGUUCCUAUUUCCUCAGAUGGAUGCGGAUAAAUCUGGACAAUCUGUCACGUCAGAACCUGUCUGGAUUGCGGGACCGGUACAAAGAUCUUUGCCAACAUUCUCCGGAGAAAAAAGACGACAUUAAAGAUUUGGAUAAGCAAUUAUCUGACUGUUCCUUGGGACUUGAACACUUCCUGCGUGAGUUGGGCCAGUUAUAUGAAGCUUCCUGCUCCCUUCCUGAAAGUAGCCUACAAAGAAAACAGAUGGAGCAUCUCCCUGGAUUGUGUGCUCAGAUGCUGUUGGAUGGUUUCCCCGUUGAGCUUGUGGAUGGAGAUGCAUCAAAUAUCCCUCUAAAAUGGAUAUCAGCUGUUCUGACUCAGCUUCAUACUCUUGUCCAAUCCAACAGCAAGAUCCGGGUGGUCACAGUUUUAGGGGUCCAAAGCACAGGGAAGUCCACUCUCCUCAACACCAUGUUUGGGGUCCAGUUUGCUGUCAGCAGUGGAAGAUGCACCAGAGGGGCCUUCAUGCUGCUGAUUAAAGUCAACAAAGAACUCAAGGAGGAACUGAAAUGUGACUUCAUCAUGAUUAUUGAUACGGAGGGGUUGAAAUCACCAGAGUUGGCUCAACUAGAUGAUAGCCAUGAACAUGACAAUGAACUGGCCACACUGGUAAUAGGACUCAGUGAUGUCACUAUCAUCAACAUCGCCAUGGAGAACUCCACAGAGAUGAAAGACAUUCUUCAGAUUGUUGUUCAUGCUUUUAUCAGGAUGAAGGAAGUGGGGAAGAAGCCGAUAUGUCAUUUUGUGCAUCAGAAUGUGUCAGACAUGUCUGCUCAUGACAACAACAUGAGGGACAGGAAGAAGUUGUUGGAACAGUUGAAUGAAAUGACCCAGGCAGCAGCCAGAAUGGAGAAGAAGGAGAAUAUCACCAAGUUCACUGAUGUGAUGGAGUAUGAUCCAGACACAAGCAGCUGCUACAUCCCAGGACUGUGGCAUGGGACUCCCCCUAUGGCUCCAGUCAAUGCAGGAUACAGUGAGGCAGCAUGCGGCUUCAAGAAGACCUUAAUUAAAGAUUUCAUAAAAUGCCAGAGAAAUGAUGACUUGACACAUUUCCUGAAGUGGACACAAAGCUUGUGGAAGUCUGUGAAAUUUGAGAAAUUCAUCUUUAGUUUCAGAAACAGCUUGGUUGCGGAUGCAUAUUCCAAAUUGUGCUCUGAGUACAAUGGUUGGGAAUGGGCCUUCCAGAAGGAGAUGUACAACUGGAUGAUUGGUGCUGAAACAAAAAUUAACAAUAUUGGCAUGACAGAUAAAAAUCUUGGGCAGUCCAUAGGAAAUGUGCUAAAUGAAUUGAUGGCAGAGGCAUCUGAGAAACUGUCAUUGGGAGAAAAGGAAAUCCAAGACAAUCUGGUGAAAUACUUUGAAAAUCAAGAUGGCCAUGUCAAUCUGGUGGAAAAAUACAAGGAGGACUUUGUGUCCAGUGCCAAAACACUGAGACGAGAGACAGAAAACACAGUGAGAAACAAACUUCAAGGAGCUGUUGAAAUCAAAGAGGGAAUGGCAGAACUGGACAACAUCAAGAGUUCUCAGGCAAGUACAAUGGAAAAGAAGGUUCUAGAUUUGCUUCAGAAUUGUAGACAGAAAAAAUCUGUUCUUUCAGAUAAGGCCCUCAGUAAAGAGUUUGAAAACAUGUGGAGUAAAACUCUGUCUGAGAUAAAUUUCAAAGGACUUCCUAAGCGAGAUGUUUCCCAAGAUGCCUUUAUCAUGUUGAGAGGAAAUCUGUCAACAAGGGGCAGUCAUGUCAACAGUCUGUUGGUUGGAACCAGACUGGUGGAUUGUGGGAAGGCAGCCUUUGUUGUGGAAUCAGGGGGGUUGUGGGAGAAGACUAAAGGCUUUGUGGUGCACAGGGAUCAUGACCAUCACAGGAAAAAGCUGCAAGACUUCUGUAAUGACAUCAUAACACAGUGUCAGGACUUUAUAAGACAGAAGGUGGAGCACAAAACAGAUUAUCAUGACACUAACAUCAAAGAACUUCUUAACAAGAUUGAUGAAACAUUGCAGCAACAAAAGAAAAUGAAAGUCGGUGAUGAAUGUGAGGUUAAUCUGAAGCUACACAUCUGUGGCAUAGCAGCAAGACAGUUCCAAAAGAUGCAUGAUGAUUUCAUUGCACUCAAUGACCCAAGGAAGUGUCUGGAACAGUCAAAGGACAACUACUAUACUGACUUCAUGAACUUGUUCCAUGAGCGAGACCAGUGCCAAAAGAAAGCUGAGGACUUCGCAAAGCUCUGUUUGCGGCCAGCUGUACAGGACUAUGUGACCAAAAGGAUUGGUCCUGAUGUGGUUGAUGAAGUGGUGACCGGUGAAGGGUCAGAGGAUUACAGCACAAGAACGGCUUUCCAGUUCUCCAUUUUAAAAGAACUCCUGACUGAUGAAAAUUAUGAGAAAUAUAGCGAUUACAUACACUUUUAUAAAACAUUUGUGAAGCAGUGGUUAUUUGAUCAAAUUGUCAAGCAACUCUCAAAAGAGAGGAGACUGCAGAAAAUGGAGAAUAAACAUCUUUCAAAUAUAGUCCGGAAAAUUACUGAUAACAUUUCAACUGUCAGUAAAGCAUCUAGCACGGUAAACAACAUUAAGACAUUCAUUGGGAUAAUUUGCAAUAUGUUGGGAGAGCAUCUCGCCUUUCCCAAGGAUGCUUUGGAUUCCAUUAUGAUUCUGAACACGAGCACAGCAAACACAGAACAGUUUGCUAAGUAUCUCACAGAGUUUGUGAGGGAAAUGGAGAAGUCACUGGCAUCUGUUUAUGACCGGAAAACUGACCUUAGAUACAUCACAAAAAGGCUCAGACUUCUGCCAUUCAAGCCUCAGGACAAGAUGUUCACCAGUCUGUUUGGCUGUGGGGAGGUAUGUCCCUUCUGCAAAGCACCCUGUGAAGCAGGAGGUAAGGAGCAUACCAAACACUUCACCUCCAUUCAUCGUCCAAAAGGGCUCAGUGGUUGGAGGAAUAAGCAGUCAAAUGUGUUAUUAACUAACAUAUGCUCCUCCUCCGUGAUAGGCAAUGGGCUGUUCAUUAAUGAUCUAACAGGAGAUGAUGGUCACCCUUACAAGAAGUACCAGACAUACUAUCCUGACUGGAUCAUAACUGGAGACACCAGUAUUGAGGCUUCAGACUAUUGGAAGUAUGUGAUGGCCAUAUUCAAUGAGAGAAUUGCUGAACGCACUGACUCACUUCCUGCCGAUAUCCCAGAGGACUGGAACAUUUUAACAGCUGAGGAUGCAAUGAAGAGCUUGAAGGGCUCAUUCAAUGUGAGUGAAUAGGGGAAAUCUAUAAUGAGGCUCUGAAUUGUAGGCCAAAUAUAUUAUUGGCCGUUAAAACAUGUAUUAAGUUGACAACCACAAAUACCUCACACAUGGUAUAUCACAGAAUCAAAAUAUGAGGAGCCAGUUGUCUCAAACCAGAGUUUUGCAAAAACUGUGCAUAUCUGACAAUACCGAAUGCAAUUUUGAAAAUAACUGCAGCACAGAAAAUAAUAUUUGCAAAUACAAUUCAUAAACUAUGACUUCUUGCUAUUUACAGAUCAGAUGUUCUAUAAUGGAAUAGCUUUCACUUUGAAUAUACACUGAGUAUACCAAACAUUAGGAACACCUUCCUAAUAUCGAGUUGCACCCCUUUCUUUUGCCCUCAGAACAGCCUCAAUUCGUAGUGGUGUGGACUCUUCGAAAGCGUUCCACAGGGAUGCUGGCCCAUGUUGACUCAAAUACUUCUCACAGUCGUGUCAAGUUGGCUAGUUGUCCUUUGUUUGCUGGAUCAUUCUUGAUACACACGGAAAACUGUUGAGCAUGAAAAACUCAGCAGGUUGCAGUUCUUGACAUAAACCGGUGCACCUGGCACCUACUACCAUACCCUGUUCAAUGAAACACAAACAAUCCAUGUUUCAAAGGUUAAAAAUCCAUAUUUAACCUGUCUCCUCUGCUUCAUCUACACCGAUUAAAGGAUUCACCUGGUCAGUCUGUCAUGGAAAGAGCAGUUGUCCACUCAGUGUAUGAGAAAGGAAUGCCAAUAUUCUUAUCAGAGUAAAACAAUAAUUAGAUGUAGAUGUAGAUGUAAGUAAACUGUUUUAAGCUAUUUCUAAAAUCAUACAAAAAGUAAGAAAAGUAUAUCUCAUAAAUUAACAGAAUACACAGGCCAUAUUGAUGAGCUGGUCCUCCAUUUCUCAUUUUUAAUUAUAAUAAAUAUAUUUCUCUCCAAUUAUAAUCUAGCCUAUAGCUUGAUAUGCCUAAAUCACUGAUUAAUGAUUAGAAGGGCUGCGCGGUUUAGUAGUAAACUUUUGGCUUGGCUUUUGUUUCUGUUAUUUUACAUUUUCAUCUUAAUGUGAUUUUUCUUGUUUAAAAAAUCCAUUUGUUGUUUCAUAUACAGGUGUUACACAUUUAUUAUACUUUUAAUUAAAUGUUGUGCAAAUU